AUGCCCAUAAUCGCCGAGAAAUCGAAAGAUAGCGGCAGAAACAUCGAUAAAAGUUGGAUUACAAAGCCACGAGGUAGUGCAGAAUACAGGGAUGGUCUGAAUAGAUUUCUUGAUUUCGCCUUUGCAAAUGCAUCAUCGGAUGGGAUGAUACAUUGUCCAUGCCCUUUGUGUGGGUUCCGGUUUUUCCAAACUAGAGAGGAUGCCUACGAUCAUCUUCUGAUGAAACCCUUUCCCCCUAACUAUACCUUUUGUUUACAUCACGGUGAGAGGACCGUAGACAAGAGUUCUAGAGGUAGAGAAACUUUAGAAUCCACUGGAAACUCAGGAAAUCAAAUGCUUGACAUGGUCCACGAGGCCUUCAACAUUCCGGGACUGCAGGGUGAUGAUGAAAACAUUAUGGAUGAAGUGGUCGGAGAUGGUGCGGAGGGAUUGCCGAACUUAUCUGACGAGCCUAGUUGCGAGGCUCGUGCCUUUCACAAAUUGCUUGAGGACGGCGAGCAGAGAUUAUAUCCAGGAUGCUCAAGAUUCUCGAAGCUGUCUUUCUUGGUGAGACUUUACCACAUAAAGUGCAUGUGCGGAGUUAGCAACAAGGCUUUCGGAUUGAUUCUGGAGCUAUUGGGGGAUGUCUUUGAGCAUGCAAGGAUUCCGAAGACCUUGCACGAUGCCAAGAGGAUCAUAAGGAAGCUCGAUAUUGAGUACAAGAAGAUAGAUGCAUGUCCAAAUGACUAUAUGCUAUAUACGGGUUCCGACCAUGACCUCUCCAGAUGCAAAAGGUGUGGAGCAUCCAGGUGGAAGCAAAAGACCAGGAAGAAUUCCAUUGUAAGGAUCAACGCCGUUGUCAAGAAGAAUGGGAAACCUCAGGCGGCGAAAGUUCUUCGUUAUUUUCCUCUGAUUCCACGGUUGCAGAGAUUAUUCAUGUAUAGCAAGACAGCCGUGGACAUGUUGUGGCACAAGAGAGGAACCAACUCUGACGGUUACUUAAGGCAUCCCAGGGACGGCGAGGGUUGGAAAUCAUUUGACAGGAGAUACACUGACUUCUCUGGCGAUCCGCGCAAUGUUCGCCUAGCCCUGGCCAGUGAUGGCUUUAACCCUUAUGGAAACCUCAGUUCAAAGUACUCAAUAUGGCCAGUGAUUCUUAUUCCCCUGAUCGAUGAGCUCAAGUUGCUGUGGGCCAGUGUCGAUACGUAUGACGCCAAUGAGAAGAAAACAUUCAAUAUGCGAGCUGCAUUGAUGUGGACUAUCAGCGAUUUUCCUGGCUUGGGCAAUUUAUCUGGCUGGAAUACUUACGGCGGGAGAGCUUGCCCCACGUGCAAUUUGGAUGCCGAGACUAGGCGACUCACCUUCAGUCAGAAAUGGUGUUAUAUGGGUCAUCGUCGCUUUUUGAAUCGCAAUCACAGAUAUAGAUAG